UCACAGUUAGCAUAGUAACAUUUUAUGAACGUUUACAAAAUGUUGUCAGGGGAUAUUUGAAUAACGUUUGUAGCAAAUGUUUAUGAAUUGUUUAUCAUGUCCAUUAAAGUAAUAUUGUAGCAACAUUUGCAUACAAACUUUACCAAAACAUUUAAGAACGGUUUUUUCAAUGUAAUUUCCCCGUCUAGUAAAAACAAUUUUUUCUCGCACAGACCACAAACCUAUGCACAGACACAGGUAUGGCGGUUAAACUUUUCAUGCAGGUCACGCUAGUUUUUAAAAUACUUCCCUUUCGUCACUAAAUUUUUUCCGACAAAUCCAGAUGUGCUUAAAAGAAAAACAUUACUAUAAUAUUUCUCGUGUCUCUUCGUCAAUAAAUACCACCGGAAUAUGUUUUUCUGAUACUUUAUGCUUAUUACCAGCGAUUUCCGCUGAGCGCUCGGGUUGUCCUUUAAGCGGUGCAGAGAGGUUUGGGUGUCGGCUGACAGGUUGUUAUUUAAAACAGGGAAAACCCGAGUGAGACACGAAUACUCGUCGACGCAUACAGGUGUGUAUUAUCACCUAGCGCCUACAGGUUGAGUUUGGCUCUUACUUUGAGUCAGUAAUGGCGGCUGUCAAGAAGCCAACGUGAAAGAAAAUGAGACUACAUCACAGCCUGAGUGACUAUAUAUGAGACUACACCACAGUUAGCCUGAGUGACUAUGAGACUACAUCGCAGUUAGCCUGAGUGACUAUGAGACUACAUCGCAGUUUGUACUACAUCCGGUGAGAAAAUUCCUGUGCAAGAGGCGAGAUCAUAACCUUACCUGUUCUUCACUGCCAGGUGUCGGGUAUGAAUGUUUACACCACCCAUUUGCAGCACCAACCAAUUGACUAUGAAUAUAACAAUACCAUCGUUCAAAGCAUUCAUGCCAAGUAAUCCACACAACGGAAUUCCGGGUAUGUUUGUUCUUGCACAGUACACAAGUGGAACCAAAAAGGAAGAAGAUAUCCGAUCUGAUGCCGGGUGUGCAAUCAACAACCAAAUACACCCAGAAGUUGAUGUAAUCAAUCGUUUGACAGAAAAGCUUAAGAGUCAAGACCUGGAUUCUCCAAACAUCAAGAUAUACACCAGCGAUGCUCCUUGUCAUGAAUGUUGUCAAAAGUUUAUACAGCUUCUGCAAACCGCCAAGGUGGAUCACAAUCAAGACCUGCAAAUAGAAAUUGUAUUUUCGGGGAUACAUCGCAUCAAACGACCAUCAUGUAUAAAGAAGGAUGACUGUAGCUCACAUCUUUCUCGAAUAUCUGACAACCAGCACCAAGACAACGUGGAUGGACUGAAGAAAUUGCACAACACGCGGGGUGUUCGCCUUCGUCCGUUCACAGACCAAGACUGGUUGGAUCUUCAAAGGGCUUGGCGCCCAAAGAUGAGAGAUGAAACACUUAAUAGAGAUUUCGAGGAAAUAAUGAUGAGUGAUCAAAUUCAACCAUCUCAACUCUUCAUUGGCAUGUCCCCCCAGACAAGUCAGGCAGACCAGUCGAAGGAAAAAGUUAACGUUCCCAGCAUGAGUAUGAACCACGUGACACCGGGAUGUAACAGUAGCGAGGAUGAGAAGGACAGAAUACCAGCUUGCAAAAGAAAGAGGGAAGACGCAGGCAGCAACGAAGAACGACAAGAGAAGAAAGUAAAAAAACAGAAAGAAGAAAAAGCGAAACGAGGACUUAAAGGUACUACAUCAAAAAGAAGGGGAACAACCUCAGGAAGAGGAGGGAAAAUAUCACAAAGAGGAGGCACUACAUCAAAAAAGGGAAGCCAUUCAUCAGGAAAUAGAAGUAACACAGCAAAAGGAAAAGGUAAUACGUCAGGAAGAGGAGGUAAUAUAUUAAGAAGAGGUCGUAAUACAUUAAGGACAAGAGGCAAUACAGCAGGAAGAGGAGGUUUUAUAUCAAAAAGAGGAGGUGAUACAUCAGGGAAAAGAGGUAAUGUAUCAGGAAGAGCACGUAAUACAUCAGGGAGAAGAGGAGGUAAUAUAUCAGGGAAAAGAGGAGGUAAUACAUCAGGGAAAAGAGGAGGUAAUACAUCAGGGAAAAGAGGAGGUAAUAUAUCAGGGAAAAGAGGAGGUAAUACAUCAGGGAAAAGAGGAGGUAAUAUAUCAGGGAAAAGAGGAGGUAAUACAUCAGGGAAAAGAGGAGGUAAUACAUCAGGGAAAAGAGGAGGUAAUACAUCAGGGAAAAGAGGAGGUAAUACAUCAGGGAAAAGAGGAGGUAAUACAUCAGGGAAAAGAGGCAAUGUAUCAAGAAGAAGGACCACUACAGGAAGGGGAGGUCACACAUCAUGAAGGGGAGGCAAUCUGUUAGGAACUGUCAACAGCCCAUUUGAAGUGUCACUGGCUGUUAGCAAAAAUUAUAAACAAGACGAUGGUCCCAGUCUAUUGUGUUCCAGUUUAUAACACUCACCAGAGGAUUUCCAAACACGAUGUUUAAAAUAUAACUAUUUUGUACUUACUUGCUAAUGAGGUAAACAUCAAACUACAUCUCAGCCAAGUAAACAGUCAUCUGCUGCUCCACGAGAAAGGAAAGCCAACGCUACGAGAUUAGUUUUCAUAUUGUGUUUAUUUAAGCAAUAACUGAUUUUUUUUUUUGCUUUGUUUUAAAAGAAUUGACUAUGCAGUGACACAGAAAUAUUGUUUUAAAUAUACAAUUAAAUACUUUGAAAUGUAAAUAUGGUGCAAACCUGUAUGGUACCUUCCUUUCUAAAAAUAGAUUCAGAGAAAUUACAUUUUGUUGUAUUGCUGCAGUAUGGCUAAUGUAUACCUACAAAAAUAUUAUCACAUAAAAAUUACAAUAACAGAAUCAAACAUGGUAACCAGAUUGUACACUGUACAGAAAGUUUGGUUUCUAUUAUAUUUUAUAAACACUUUAAAGGGAACUGCAACGUUCCAAAUAUAUUUUAUUAAAUACACAAUUUAUAAACAUAUUUAUCAUCUUACUGCUAUCUUUGUAGCAAGUCAAAAGCAAAUGCUUAUGAAAGCAACACAGAUAUGACACCUAUCAAAUUGGUGUAUAUUAGUAUUUAAAUGAAGUAAAUCUAAGUUACAUUUCUUUAUAGUAAAACAUAAAUGGUUUAAUUUUUAAUGUACACCAAGAUUAAACUUUCUUUCAAAUUAAUCAAUUAAUAUUCCAAAUGCUUAAACACAUGCAGCUUCUAUAACAUUACAAAAACAAAACUCUUUUUUUUAAACCUUACUAAUAAAAAUAUAAUAACCUUCGCUUUUUUGUAAACUAUAUUCCUUGCAACAAAAAAAUUUAAGCUUUUUUACUUUUCUUAGAGUUCUCGUGGAACAGAUGUGUUUUAACUGCAAUUUUAAUUGAAUACUUAAUUUAAAGUUAAAUUAAAUUUCACAGAUAAGUUUCACAGCUUCUUAUGAUUUUACUCGUGAUUGUUUUAUUUAUGUUUUAGACUGGUGUUUUGUGUGCUUCAAUCUGUUUUCUUUUAAUUAAAACAAAAAUUAUGGAGUUAAUCAUGGGCCGAAUCAUUUUUCAUUCUCACAAUAAAUGCCUACUCGAACACAUAGUGAG